AGAGCGCUUUUUUUGUUAGUUUGAAUAUUGUUUACAUUUUCAGAAAAUCGUGGUUUACUUGUCUUUUAACUUGAAAAUUACUUGGAACAUUAUGAAUACUUCAAGCUUAUUUUCGAUCAUUAUUAUCAGCCUUCUAUUACAUGAUCACUGCAACUGUCAAAAUGCUCCUAAGGCUGGUCAAAUAUCAUCAAUGUCCAAACCUAAAGAAGGUGGUGCAGCAACUUUCGCUUGUACAGCAGAAAGCGGGGAUAAACCACUUUAUUUCAAAUGGUUCAAAGACGGUGAAGUGAUCAAUAAUCACAAUACAAUCAGAAUUGAAUAUUUAACCAAAGAUUCAGCAAUCUUGGUUAUUGAUCCGAUUUCUGUAAAUCAUAAUGGCAAUUACACUUGUGUCAUUAGCAACAUCUAUGGCAGAGAUUCAUCAUCGAUACAAAUCAGUAUUGAAGGUCCACCAAAAUGGUUAAAUAAACCCGAAAUGCUUUACAAUGUUCAUGUGAAUGAUGAAUUACGGAUUCCUUGUUCUGCAGUUAGCUCACCUAUUGCAGAAGUCAUUUUGAAAAUGUUGAAAGGCUCAUCCUGGGAGGUUAUCGAUGAUGUUAGUAUAAAAAAAGCAGAGAACCAAAUCGUUGUAUCAAAAGUAGAAAAAGUUCAUGAAGGAAAAUACGGAUGUGAAAUAUCAAAUGGAAUUGAACCAAAACUUUGGGCAGAAUUUGAUAUUAAAGUUAUUGCGCCAACAUAAAAUGAUUGAAUACUUGUUUUUGUUGGUAUUGUCAUCAUCAAUACAAUGCUAUUAUGGCCAGGAAAG